CUGUUUCGUAAUUGCAACACUACUAAGAAACCAAAAAAAACGCGGAGUCUACAGAAAACCAAAACCUUCGUUUCAAAGCUUCAUCUAAUUCUACUCAACAAUAAUCACUACAAUAGAACUAUAAUUGUUAGGUUUCCAGUUUCAUUCUUCAUAACGUUAUCAAAAGAUCUAAACCCGAAAUUCCCUUUCUCUAGUUAAAAAAAAAAAAGAAUCUCUUAAUCACUUCCUUCUAUCAGAUUCAAUUCUGAAACGCGAAGUCUGCAGAAAUCAAAUGCUGUUUCUAAGAUCUCUGUGAGAAAUUGAAGUUUUUUUUUGAACAAUGGGAGGUGUUCCAUCAACUCCACGGUAUAACGCUAGACCGCAAGAAACGGCUGAGUAUUUGAUUGGUACUUUUGUCGGUGAGAAAUCUUUUCCUCUUUCAUCAGAUUUUUGGAAGAAAUUACUUGAAAUUCCUCUCAUUCUUCAAUGGCCUCAACCUCAAGUUCUUCAAGCUUGUCAAGCUUUAGCAAAGAACAACUCUCAUACUAGGCAUCUAGCUAAAAUUUUGAUACAUCUUGCUUGCUGUUUGCAAGAAUCUAUGACUACGACUUCUGAUGAGUCAGUCGAAGUUCAUAUGAAGGCUUUGAAUGCAGCUUAUUUAUCAUCUAUAUUUUUGAAGUACAUGAUUGAAAACGCCAAGAGUGAUCACUUUGAAGAACUGUAUCUUUCGUUAGUUGAAGGUGAAGGUGGAAGUACCGCACAAGAAGAUCUUUUAAGGGGUAAAGAUCAAAAGAUUCAAAGUUUUGUUAUUGGUGCUGUUCUUACAUUUAUUGGCACAUCAGAUGUUAGUUCUCACACAUUCCAUCUGCAUCAUGAAGUAAUGAACUUUAUGCUCGUGGCUAUGUCAAGCCAGCUUCGUUCUGGACCUACUCCAGGGCCAAAUGAUGUACAUCCUUUUAUUGACGCGGCUAUGAUUCAGCAGGACAGUUCUGUGGUUGGUUUGGUAGUGCGUAGACUACUUCUUAAUUAUAUUACACGACCCCAAGUUCCCUUAAAUGCUGCAUCCUAUUCUGUCUUUUCUGAAGAAGGGCAGCCUGGUGUUCUUCAGAAAGUUGGUUCUGCAGCAGCAAAUCUUGUAUUGUUGCCCUUCAGUUACUUCAAUAGCUCAAGCGUUCAAGGCUCAAGAAAUCCAUUGGCAGACAACAGUCUUCUUGUCUUACUUGUACUCACUCAUUAUCGGAAAUGUGUUAUGAUGAGCGAGUCAAUAACAAGUAAUAACGAGGUCAAUGUUGAAUCUGAUACUGUUUUGAAAGAAACUUCAUAUUUUAUUGACAAUCCAUAUAGCAAGGCUCUACAAAAUGCUAGGGAUAUUGAAUUUGAUCGCGUGGAUGUUGAGGGCAAUGCACACAGUGGACCACUCGUAAGAUUGCCUUUUGCAUCUCUGUUUGACACCAUUGGACGGUGCUUAGCUGAUGAGAGUACAGUUCUACUGCUGUACUCGUUAGUGCAAGGAAAUUCUGAUUUCCUGGAAUAUGUUUUGGUGCGAACCGAUAUGGAUACACUGCUAAUGCCUAUUCUGGAAACACUUUAUAAUGCUUCACGGAGGACGUCAAGUCAAAUCUACAUGUUGCUUAUUCUUCUUCUUAUACUUAGUCAGGACUCCUCAUUCAAUGCCAGCGCUCACAAGCUGAUACUACCCAAUGUUCCAUGGUACCAAGAACGCCUUCUCCAUCAAACUUCUCUCGGCUCCCUGAUGGUUAUAGUUCUUAUAAGAACCAUCAAGUACAAUCUGUCGAAGCUACGGGAUGUUUAUCUCCAUACAAACUGUCUUGCUACUUUGACGAACAUGGCACCACAUGUUCACAGGUUGAGUGGUUAUGCGUCACAGAGGCUUGUUAGCCUUUUUGAUAUGCUUUCACGCAAGUAUACCAAUUUAGCGGAGCUAAAAAAUGAUCAGAAAAUUAAAAUCGACUCGGCAGAUGGAGACGAUGUGGCAUCAGAACUUCACAUUUAUACGGACUUUUUACGAAUUGUAUUGGAGAUCUUGAAUGCAAUCCUUACAUAUGCUCUGCCUCGAAAUCCCGAGGUUGUAUAUGCAAUAAUGCACCGUCAGGAGGUCUUCAAACCCUUCAGGAACCAUCCACGUUUUAAUGAGCUGCUAGAAAACAUAUAUAAUGUGUUAGAUUUCUUCAAUAGUCGCAUGGAUGCUCAAAGAACAGAAGGUGGUGAAUGGUCAGUGGAGAAAGUCUUGCAAGUCAUAAUCAUUAAUUGCCGAUCUUGGCGAAGUGAAGGAAUGAAGAUGUUUAAUCAGUUAAGGUUCACAUAUGAGCAAGAGAAUCAUCCUGAAGAGUUCUUCAUUCCAUACGUGUGGCAGCUAGUUCUAUCUGGCAGCACUUUCAGUUUUAAUCCCGCUGCCAUAUACUUGUUCCCAGCCGGUCUGCCUGUAGAAGAUAAACACAGUGAAGACGGAAACAGUGACGAAAAAGCAGAGGAGUUAAGUGUGUAGACAUGAUACCAUAUGUUUACCAUUGCAGGUGAUAUCCUUUAAAUAGAUCCAUCAGAGUAUACUGAUAGUUCCUCCCUCAUGGGGAAUAUGUAAAUAUACGAACAACAAAAACUGUAGUAUUUCUUCUCAUUCUUUUCUGUUUAUAUGAUGUGAUGAAACUCUAGCUACUCUUAGGGUAUUUUCCAUUAUAAAAAGAAAAGUACAUAGAUUUAAGGUCAGUAAGCUCACAGUUAACAAGCAAACUAGGUCAGAUUAUAUUUCUUGCUAGUGCUUUAUGAAGUCUGCAUGGAAGCUAAAUCUGAUUAAGGCAAGGUUAUGUUUCUUUACGUAGAAAGCAUAUUUUGAAUUGCUAGUGGUAUUUGUAUAUUACCAUUUAUGUACUGCGAGUCGCAUUGUCAUUAAAAAAAAGGGUUGAUUUUUUUUUGUUU